AUGACAUAUAGUCCACACCCUAAAGAAGGAGCAUCUAAGAAACUUAAGUUAUCGGGUAGCUUCAAGCAAACUAAGGAAUCAACUGACAUAUCACCAUCAUCUAUGGUAAGAGGAAAAAGAACCCCAAGACAGAAUUUGAACCAAGGGCAAAAAGGGGUAUCACAAAGAAGUGCAUAUUUGGAAAUUCGCAGAAGCAAAGAUCCUGAUGCAUCCAUGCCUGAUGCCAUAUCCUCUAAAAUCAACAAUUUGGGUGCAGUUGAAGCUUCGAAUUUAAAUAUGUCGAAAGAGAAAGAAUACGGUCUUUUAGGCCCGUUCAAAACUAUACCAAAGGAAGCUAUAUACUGCUCUCGCAUACAUGAAAAGCACCCUUUCGGGAUAUUCAUCUACGGAGAAAAUCCGCAGGAGCUGUCGUUUUCGCUUGUGUUAUUGGAGCUAUCGUUGGUCCUUGUACUUACACAUAUUAUCCGUCACCUUCUCAAACCUCUCAAACAACCACGAGUUAUAUCCGAGAUCCUUGGUGGCAUGAUUGUUGGACCAUCUUGCUUAAGCCGUUACAAGAAGUUUGCGAACUGGAUCUUCCCAGGCCAAUCGGCGUACAUAUAUAGGAAUAUUGGUACAUUUGCUUUCAUGUAUUUCAUGUUCUUGUCUGGGGUGAAGAUGGAUCUCCUCAUGAUAAAAAAAGCAACAAAAAAACAAUGGUAUAUCGGCAUGGUUGGUAUGGUUGUACCUACGGCAGCAACAGCAUUGGUUGCUGUAUGUGUCAGAAAUUCUUUAGGCCCUGAAAUGAUGAAAGUUUCUUCGAUUUGGGGAAUAAGUGCAUCCCUAGCUAUAACAGCUUUCCCUGUUCUCCAUCCCAUCAUGAGAGAACUCAACCUUUUGAGCUCUGAUAUAGGUCGAAUGGCAUUAGCUACGGCUGUUAUUGGUGACGUGGUAGGAAUUAAUGGGCUCGUCGCAUUUGAGAUUACUAAAACAAGCGGAAGGUCGGCCCUUGGCGCCAUUGGGAUACGCCAUGUCUGGGGAGUUCUAGCGGUGGCGUUCUUGACUGAUAUGCUUGGGCUAGCCAUAGUUAAUGGUCCAUGGUAUUUGGGUCUGGCGAUCCCUGAUGGCCCACCGUUAGGAUCUACCUUGACCCAUAAGUGUGAAUCAUUUGUUCUAGAAAUAUUGAUGCCAUUUGCAUAUUUAAACAUCGGUUUGAUGACAGAUGUGUUUGCCAUGAGGGAUGAUUGGUCGAAAUUGCAGCCUUUGUUUUUUGUAGCGUUGACUGGAUAUUUAACGAAAUUUGUGUCAACUUUACUGGUUACUCGAUUCUUUGAUAUGUCCAUGAGAGAUGGGGUGACCUUGAGUUUGAUAAUGAGCUUGAGAGGUCAAGUCGAGCUUUUGCUGUUUAUACACUGGUUGGACUUUCAGAUGAUCGGGAUUCCACAGUUUACUAUGUUUGUACUUUUGACAACGGUGAUGACGGGAAUAGCAACGCCCUUAAUCAACAUAGUCUACAAUCCAAAUAGGCCAUACAUGAUCAAUAAACGACGAAACAUCCAACAUACUCCACCUAACACCGAACUCACCGUUCUAGUGUGCUUCCUUGAUGAAGAAAGUGUUCCAGGAAUGAUCCACCUUCUAGAAGUUUCUAACCCAACAGUACACAAUCCUUUCUUAGUAUACGCUCUUCAUCUUGUCGAGCUUGUGGGCCGGGCUGCUCCCAUGUUCAUCGAUCAUACAGGAGAACCCAAAGAAAAUGAUAAAAAGAGCCAAAAGGAUUACAGCGGGACUGUACAUAAAUCCUUCCAAACUGUCCAUGAAACCAGGGGUGAUGUUAUUAAGGUUCACUCGUUUACCUCAGUGGCACCAAAAAGAAGCAUGUACCAAGAUGUUUGUGAGCUUGCCUUGAACAGGAAAGCAUCUUUGAUAAUAUUACCGUAUAGUAUGUCCCCAAUGAGAGGCUUAGCGGGGACAGAUAUGAUUCAAAACAGUGUGAAAUCUUUGAACUACACUGUGUUGGACCAUGCACCAUGCUCGGUGGCCAUGUUAGUCGAUAAGGGAGAUUUCAGGCCACCGGCUAACCUACGCAUGUCUGUGACACUAGAAUACCAUUUUGCAAUGCUUUUUCUAGGUGGAGCAGACGCAAGGGAAGCAUUGGCAUGUGCUGAUAGGAUGGCUGGGAAUCCGAAUGUUUCACUUACUGUGAUACGGUUUCUUGCGCAUAAUGGUGAAGGAGAUAAUGAAAUGGAAAAGAAGCUUGAUGAUGGGCUGGUGACUGCAUUUUGGGUGAAAUAUGAGGGGAAUGAGCAAGUGGCUUAUCGGGAGGUGGUGGUGAGAAAUGGUGAAGAGACUGUAGCAGCUAUUCGAGCGAUGAAUAGUGAGGAUUAUGAUCUUUGGAUUGUGGGGAGAAAACUGGGGGUUAAUCCGAUUUUGAUCGAAGGUUUGUCGAGUUGGAGUGAAAAUUUGGAGCGUGGAGUGAUUGGUGAUUAUGUUGCCUCUGUUGAUUUAGGGAGCACGGCUUCAGUUUUGGUAGUGCAACAACAGGUUUUACGAGACAAAGAGACCAAUUCUGGGGGAUUUGCGAGGGCGAAUCUCGAGAUAUUUUAG